UCUCUCUUAUUAGCUCCAAAAAAAAAUCAAGCUCAACAAAUAAAAGCAGAGAGCAAAGCACAGACAGCAAACACAAAGGUUUUUUUUUUUAAGUUUUGUUUCGAUAUGGGAAUCGAAGCAACAGCGAGUACCUUGAAAACUUGGGGCGUGGCAGCCAAGCUUUGCGACUCGUGCAAGUCCGGCUCGGCAGCGCUGUUCUGCCGAGUCGACUCGGUUUUCUUGUGCUUGGCCUGUGACUCCAAGCUCCACUCUCGGCACGAGCGCGUGUGGAUGUGCGAGGUCUGCGAGCAAGCCCCGGCGUCCGUCACGUGCAAGGCAGACGCGGCGGCCCUGUGCGUCACGUGCGACUCCGAUAUCCACUCGGCCAACCCGCUCGCCCGCCGCCACGAGCGCGUUCCGGUGGAGCCUUUCUUCGACUCGGCCGAGUCGGUCAUCAAAUCGGGCGCUCCGCUCACCGAUUUCCUCGUGGUCCCGACCGAUCAUAACGAGUCGCCAGAGGCCGGUUCGUGGAUUCUCCCAAACCAGAACUUCGUGGAGGAUCCGGAUGUCAAACCCGCCGACUUGCUCUUCACUGCCGAAAUGGAUCCGUUUCUCGAGUUCGAAUACCCGAACUCGUUUCAUAAUUCGGGUACCGAUAGUGUCGUUCCGGUUCAAGCUAAACCGGUUUCGGCUCCGAUUUCCGAAACUUGCUUCGAUAUCGAAUUCUGCAAAUCCAAGCUCUCUGCAUUCAACUAUCCCUCACACUCUCUUAGCCAAAGCGUUUCGUCCUCGGAAGUUGGAGUUGUGCCUGACGGGAAUUCGAUGUCCGAUAUAUCGUAUCCUUUUGGCCGAAACAUGAGCGUUGAUCCGAACGUACCGGUUUCGGGGACUACGGCCCAGGCUGCGACUCAGUUGUGCGGGACUGAUAGGGAAGCAAGGGUUUUGAGGUACAGAGAGAAGAGGAAGAACCGGAAAUUCGAGAAGACAAUCCGAUACGCUUCGCGAAAAGCGUACGCCGAAACUCGGCCGAGAAUCAAAGGCCGGUUCGCGAAACGUACAGAAAUGAUUGAGUCUGACGUGGACAGCCUCUUUAACUCCGUGUCCACUGCGGCUUUUAUAACCGAAGCGCAAUACGGCGUCGUUCCGACCUUCUGAUUAAAAAGGAGAAAAGAAAAAGAAAAAAAGAUCACCCAAAGAAAUUUUGGUGAUCCUGUGGUGCCGAGACCACGAUUCUUAAGUUAAGCUCGCCUAGAAUAAUAGUACGUUGUUUGUGAUGAUAGUGUAUGAUUAAUGUUUCGAUGUAUAUUAUUUUCUUUUUUCUUUUUUUUUUUUUAAGUGAAAUUCUGAUCGGUGGAAUUUUAGCCGUUGAUUUGCAGGAGCAUGAUGCUGAGCUUAGUGAGCUUUUCGCAUCUGAAAAAAAAAAAAACAAUGUUUCCUCUCAUCAUAAAAAAGCCCAUUUACUUUUUCACCAUAGGGCUUGUGUAACUCCUUUCUGUCAGUAAAUGUAAAACUUCUUUUACCCUUUUGUUGAAAAAAGAUCAAGGAUCUCUUUCUGAAUU